GUGUACAGUGCGGAUGGUGAGUUCCUGUUUAAAUUUGGUUCCCAUGGCGAAGGGAACGGCCAGUUCAAUGCCCCCACCGGAGUUGCCGUGGACACCAACGGGAACAUCAUCGUGGCCGACUGGGGCAACAGCCGCAUACAGGUGAGGCUACACCCACAUCACCUAAUACAGGUGAGGCCACACCCACAUCACCUAAUACAGGUGAGGCCACACCCACAGCACCUAAUACAGGUGAGGCCACACCCACAGCACCUAAUACAGGUGAAGCCACACCCACAGCACCUAAUACAGGUGGAGAUGUUGUUUCCUACCUUCACCACCUGGGGGCGGCCCGUCAGGAAGUCCAGGACCCAGUUGCACAGGGCGGGGUUCAGACCCAGGGCCCUCGAGCUUAAUGAUGAGCUUGGAGGGUACUAUGGUGUUGAAGGCUGAGCUGUAGUCAAUGAACAGCAUUCUUACAUAGGUAUUCCUCUUGUCCAGAUGGGAUAGGUGCAGUGAGCAGUGUGAUGGCGACUGCGUCAUACGUGGAUCUAUUGGGGUGGUAUGCAAAUUGAAGUGGGUCUAGGGUUUCAGGUAAGGUAGAGGUGAUAUGAUCCUUAACUAGCCUCUCAAAGCACUUCAUGAUGACAGAAGUGAGUGCUACAGGGCGAUAGUCAUUUAGUUCAGUUACCUUCACUUUCUUGGGUACAGGAACAAUGGUGGACAUCUUGAAGCAAGUGGGGACAGCAGACUGGGAUAGGGAGAGAUUGAAUAUGUCCGUAAACACUCCAGCCAGCUGGUCUGCACAUGCUCUGAGAACGCAGCUUUGGAUGCCUUCUGGGCCGGCAGCCUUGCAAGGGUUAACACGCUUAAAUGUCUUACUCACGUUGGCAGUGGCCCGCAUCGGCAGCUCUGUGUUUUUCUCGAAGCGAGCGCAAAAGGUCUUUAGCUUGUCCGGGAGCGAGGCGGCGGUGUCCACGACGUGGCUGGUUUUCCCUUUAUAAUCAGUGAUUGUCUGGAGUCCCAGCCACAUACGCCUGGUGUCUGAGCCGUUGAAGAGGAAAUGUCCUCUUCAUCUAAGACAUUGUUUUCCCAAGUGGGAGCCUGGGGUUCAGACAAUUUACAAUACAAUACAAAGUCAGAUGUAAAAAAAGGUCUGCAAGAACAUAAUUGAACCCAAAAACUACAACUGAAACCCCUUCUUCUUUCCCCAGGUUUUUGACAGCACUGGUUCCUUCCUGUCCUACAUCAACACAUCAGCUGACCCUCUCUACGGCCCCCAGGGUCUGACCCUCACCUCGGAUGGACACGUGGCCGUAGCCGACUCUGGGAACCACUGCUUCAAGAUCUACCGCUACCUACAGUGA